AUGUUCUCCCUUCGAUCCGUCUUCAGAGCCCCCGGUGCUCUCCGCCAACUCCUCCCCUCUGUUUCUCGCCGGUCGUUCUCUCGCGUCGCCUCUCUCCGACCUUUCUCUUAUAUGAUCCAAAAUGGCCUUACCAAGCUGCGUGAUCAAUCAAACACCGGCAAUGCUGUCGCCGCCGCCGUUGGCUCUUCUCGGCAGCUCGAGCAGGUUCGGGGAAUGAAGACUCGCUCUUCAGUGAAGCGUCUGUGUGAUGGCUGCAAGGUAUGA